UCACUACCCCGAGCAAACUCACAGACGUUUCUGCCCACAACAACAAAUCAACGAGGCUUAAUUUUUGUUGUGGCAAUUACCACAAGCGAAGUACCGGGGAAGGUUCCGCCUCGGCUCUGGGCACUCGGCUUUGGUCCUAAUGCUUACCAAUUCAAUUUCAUUUCUUUGACUUUUCUCAUCAUCAGACAGGAGACGAAUCAAAUUCUAGCCCUUUCUUUCUCCUCUCCCAUUGUGUCAAGAUUCAUCCUUGAGUUCACUAGAUCGUAGCUUGUUUGUGUUCAGCUUCAGUUUUCGAGCUUUAUUAUCGGCAAAGGAUUUCAGGUGAGGAGAAAUCAGGAAUCUGGAAACCCUCGUUUUUUUCGUUCUUUCAGCUGAAUUUCAGGUACUUUAAGUUAAUCCAUUUAUUGGAUUAUGUUUCAAGGAUUUAAUCUUUCAUCACUUGGGGAUAAUCAUUUUGCUAUCACCUAGAUCUAAUCGGUGUGCACUCUUGAGAGUUAGCUCUGGGUUUUUAAGAUCUUACCCAAACUUGAAAACUAUCUUUGGGUUUUUAAUUUGAGAAAGGCACAGGAGUUCACUUGAUUACUGGAUUUGAAUCUGAAUAAGCUAAGAUGGGGAGCAAAUCUAGUAAAACAGUGAGUGGUCCAGAAGUUUCUCCCCAAAGCAGGGCCGAUUCUCAGUUCGAAUCAGACUUGAUCUCCUACGAGGCUGCUUGUAGAAAUGAUUCAACUUUGCAGCAAUUUGAUGCGACUCUCCAUCAACGCACCAACGAUGUUAUCGGCACACUUGCUUCUGGUUUGGGUGUUCAAUCUUUAUCUUUCGACUCGCUCAAACAGGUCACCGGAUGUCUUCUUGAAACAAAUCAGGAAGUGGUGAAAAUCAUUUUAGAAUGUCAUAGAGAUAUAUGGAAAAAUCCGGAGCUGUUUUCUUUGGUUGAGGAAUACUUUGAGAACAGUAAGAAGACUUUAGAAUUUUGCACUGCUCUUGAGAAUUGCCUCAAACGAGCUCGAAACAACCAGUUAAUUAUUCAGUUGGCCGUAACGUACUUCGACGAGGAGGUGGGUUUACAAGAUGGGGAUGGUGAGAGGAAAUUUGUGAAGACUUUGGGAGAACUAAGGAAAUUUAAAGCAGCCGAGGAGCCAUUCACUAAAGAGUUCUUUAUAUUGUUUGAUUCGGUCCGUAGGCAGCAGGAAUUGAUGCUGCGGAAAUUGCAAGCUCAGAAGAGAAAGCUCGAUAAGAAGUUGAAAUCCUUGAAAACAUGGAGGAGGGUGUUGAAUGUGUUGUUUGUAACCACUUUUGUUUCGGUGUUGAUCUUUUCUGUGGUGGCAGCGGCCAUAGCUGCACCGCCUGUCGUAACAGCUUUGGCAGCUGCAUUGGCGGUUCCUAUUGGUUCGGUCGGUAAAUGGUGCAACUGGCUCUGGAAACGCUAUGAGAUAGAGCUGAAAGGGCAGAAGGAGUUAAUAAUCGGAAUGGAAAUCGGUUCUUGGAUUGCGAUCAAUGACUUGGAAAACAUAAGAGCACUUAUCAGUCGGUUCGAAAUCGAGAUAGAAUCAAUAUUGCAUAAUGCUGAUUUCGCACUUAGAGAAGCAGACGCACUGAAGCUUGCAAUCGACGAGAUAAAGAGAAAGUUGGAAGCAUUUAUGAUAAUCAUCGAGGAAUUGGGUCGACAGGCCGAUACUUGUAGCCGUAAUAUUAGGAUGGCAAGGACAGUGGUUUUGCAGAAGAUGAUGAAACGUUCUGGUAGUUCAUCAACCGGUGACAGCCCUUGGGAACUCUAGCAAUGGCAUAUAUUUCAGUGUUUAUGUUGUAUUAAUCUCAUGCUCUAUUCGAGGUAAUGAAGUUCCACCUCUACAAGUGAGUAUAGCACAUGUGGACUUGAUCAUAUAUUUAUAUAUAUAUAGCAAUUACAUUGUUCAGUCAA